AUGGCGGAGUACGAUGAGCGUGGCAACUGUGCGUCAAAUAUGUAUUUACCGAGUUGUACAUAUUACGUUUCGGCGCCUGAUUUUUCUUCAGUCUCCUCGUUUUUACCCCAGACUACUUCGUGUCAAAUAAAUUUUCCUUAUUCUUCCAACAUAGCUCAAGUCCAACCUGUUCGAGAAGUGGCUUUCAGGGACUAUGGACUCGAUCACCCAAACAAAUGGCAUUACAGGGGCAAUUACGCUUCUUACUACUCAACGGACGAGAUAAUGCACCGAGACUUAAUCCAGUCGUCGAACAGGGCGGAAAUGAUAUUCAAAAAUGAUUCCUUGUACGGCCAUCACGGCGGUACGAGUUCGCCAUGCAAUUUCUUCACCAAUGUCGGCCGAAAUGGGGUUCUUCCACAAGGGUUCGACCAGUUCUUAGAGACUGUUAACUCUGAGAAGCCCAACCCUGACGACUCAAAACAAAAGACACACUCCAGUCUCCCCGGAGAUGCUGCAUGUAAUAAACAGACUUCAGAUAGGCCUACAUCUGAGGAGUCUAAACGAGACCCAACUGAGGACAUAGACGAAGAUGAUUCUUCGAUAUCAAACUGCGCUGUGGACAAGAACAACGGCCCAAGUAGGUACAAGCAUUAAAUGGGGUUAUAGUAAGUCCACUACUUUGUCGGUCCGAUUUUAUGUGCCCCUUUAUAAGCAUGCAAAGGUUUUAUAUACCCCAAUAAGAUUUACUUGACUGUUGUAAAAAUAUUUACGAUGGGAAAGCAGUUUAGGUGAGCUAUACUGCAAUAUUUCUGAUGUGUUGUGUUUUUCUGAAUUAAUUAAAGUUCUCUGAUUCGCUUGCAUGGUGUAAAUUACAAUGCAAGCAUGUUUAUUAGGCCUAUUUGUUUAUGACAAUGAAUUUACAAAGUAAUAAAAUAAUGAUAUAAACAGGGAGGUAGGCAAUGCUGUAAUAUUUGAGAUAGAGGAUAGCCUACAUAGGCAAUAAGCCUAGGCUAUGUGAAGGGGUUUUCUUCGGCUGUAUAAUAAUGUUUUACCUAUAACUUCGAGAAUAGCCGUGUAGGAUAGACAUGGACUCAAAGAAAAUGUGUGUGUGUGUGUGCGCGCGCGCGCGCUCACGAGCAUAUCUGCUUGUGUGUUUGCCUGUGUGUUUGUGGAUGCAUGCUGGAAGAUGAUCUUUUUACUCGGCUAACUUGUUAAUUAUAUGUUCUUUAAUGACUAGCAUUGAACCAACUUUGAUCUGAACUACAUUGUACUACAUAUUUGUAGUAAAUCAAGUGUUUGUCUUUGUUUAGGUUCUUCAAAGUCCAGAAAAAAGAGAUGCCCCUACUCCAAAUACCAGAUCCGAGAACUUGAACGAGAAUUCUUUUUCAAUGUGUACAUAAACAAGGAGAAGCGGCUCCAGUUGUCAAGGAUGUUAAACCUGACAGAUCGACAGGUGAAGAUUUGGUUCCAGAACAGAAGAAUGAAAGAGAAAAAGCUCAACCGGGACCGGCUUCAGUAUUUCACUGGGAAUCCCUUAUUCUGAUCUUUUGCAUUUGGAGUCAAUAGUUGCUAAAUGCUUCACAACAGAUUGAAUAAAGAGUUUUGGGGGGGGGGGGGGGGGGGGGGGGGGCGGCAUCUCAUAAUCUAUCAAAACAACAGAAGGUGAAACACCGCACAGCAUACUGAACAUUGCAAACAGGCUGGAUCUAUCUAUGCAAGGCUCUUGGCAUCUGCCACUUAAAUACUUACCUCAAUGAACACAUGAAUCCUGUUAUUUAAAAUAAGAUUCAAACCAGUGAAGAAAUCAUCCAGGAGACCUCGUCAUAAUGUCAAUUUGUAUAUCAUUAUGCUAAUUAAUUAUAAUCUCUAGGCUAUGUAUGUCUUUUUUAUUUAUUUAAGUUUACAUGGUGGCGUUUGAUGGAUUCGAAAAUAUUGCAGUAAGCAACGCGUACUUUGCGUAGAGUAAUCAAUCAAGUAGGCUACAAUAAGUAAUUUAUAAUAGUAGAAUUGUGUAUGCAUUUAGUAGACGCAUGUGAUGUAUAUUGUGGUUAUGUGGUAUCAAAAUAAAGUACACGUGGCAAAUGUAGUUAUGCGUUACCUCAAAUAAUUGCAAUCACAAGGAACUAAUUUUGUAUAGCUCAGGAUCAACAUUUGGCAUAGAAAAAAAGUUUGGCAUAAUUUCAUAAAAUACUCUUCUAUAGGGAUGCUCUUGUCAAAGCAAUCUGAUAUUGGAUAUUGAUAUAUUUGUAAAUUACCAAUUGCACUGACACUAGUAGUUAUAUCAGUAGGCCACAGGACUAUACAGCUAAUAUCCUGUUAUUGUAGCCAUCCAGUAGCGCCUCUUACUCGCUUCAACUUCAACAUUUAGACUAGACCUUUUCUUCCCUUUAUUUUGUCUUACACUUAGGCGGUUUGCUAAACCUUGAACCGUCUAGACAGUAUACUAAAAACUAGCUGUAAAUGUCUAAAUUGGGGGCUAUUGGACCCUCUGGCCACUCCAAAUGCGGCCCUACCACAAAAUAGUCGAGAAGAAUGCAGUAGGCUACUGUUUACUUGUCAAGCCAUUGAGUUUAAAGGAAAGCUAAAUGUGUAUGACCAAAAUGAUCUAUAUCUUUAUAUAGGCCUUUAUUGUAUAUAUUUUUCAUAUUUAACUUAAAUUGGCAAGACCGUAAAAGCGAAGAAAACCCAUACGUACAAGGCCUAUGAUUUGAUUUGGCUCCUUAAAAAAAAAGUGGUGUAUUUAUUGUAAUUUUUUCAAUGAUUAGUAUCAAAUAGCCUAUUGUUAAUUGAAUUAACAAAUGUUCUUUCCUCCCUUUGAAUUUCCCGUAUAACGUCAAUGUCGUCACCUCUCACCUUUUUGAAUAAGUAGGCUAUAGGCGCCUUUUGGCUGAUCUCUUGAGAAACGACACCUUCUGAAUGAUAUCUGCAUUGCAGCAGGAUUCCAAUAUGGCUCCGAAGCACUGAGUUUUCCUGUAUGAAAAGCAAGCAGAUACAGGGAUACAAAUUCUUGUUUGAAGUCGAUACCUGUCUUCUAUAUAUUAACCGAUUAAGAUGUUGCAUUACAUUUUGCCUAAUGCAAUAUUCAUAAAAUCAUGCGCAAUCUUCUGAUGUGGUAGCAUUACGCACGACUUUUACAGUCUUACAAGAGUAUAAUAUAGUUUAGCUUAAUUAACAACAUUGAAACCAAAAAUAUUUGUCAUAAUCAAUGGUUUAAUUCGAAUCCACGGAUAGGUCCCUCGUGUAUUAGAAUUUAACAAAGCAAGGCAGUGCACUGCAGUGUACUAAUAGUGAACCAGUCAACCAUGUGUCAUCCUAAAUAAGCCUAAAUAUUUCUGUGACCAAUGCUUUUUCACUUUUAGCAUUGGGCAUUGAUUUUCUUUUCGCUGAAAAAUGUAAGCCUAGGAGGUCUAAUAGGCAUGACAUGUUGGACAUGUUAGUGUAUCUGAUCAUUCAAAUUGUAUUCCUAGCUGUAGGAAAUCAGUCACAAACACACACAUAUCAGUCAGUCUUUUGAUUGGCAUGUUUUAUUGGGGUUUUGGUUCAAGAAAUAGGCCUAGUUGGGAAAAAACGUUGUGCAGACAUGGUGACUGCUCGUUCCUAUUCUAACCACACGAGGGCAGACGUGUAGCAAGUUUCGGUCCGAGUUUGUUCAUGAAAACACACAUAGGUUGAAUUACAGCUGUGGUCUGGAAUAUUAUUGAAAGGCUGGUAAUGUUCUUGUUUGUGGUUUGAUGAGAGAAUGUACCAUACGUUCGGUGAUCUGACUUUCUUUUUUGACUUUGCUUCCUUCAGGUAAACGUUGGAAAAUAGCUUAUUUAAAAAAUAUAAGCAAACAGACUUUGUUUCGUUCAUGCAUUCCAUGCAUUGCAAUCAAAGGGGCACCAUCACUGUUCCUAACGCCACCAUUUUAAAGUGGAUUAAACAGUAGCUUUAAAUAUGUGGAUUUGUGUAUCAUAGGCCUAUAGAAGACACCAAAUCCAGCUUAACCCUGGUAUAUAUUGGACAUGACUUGAAAUAUUACUGUGUUAAACUUAAUUUCCAUUCCAAUCAAACCCUAAAGUAAUGAAAUAAUUGUUGAUAAAUUAUGGAAUAAGGCCAUGACCUAUCUGGAUUCCUCAAUCAACCCUGGUUAGACUUAAAUUGUCGUGUGCAUUACCGAUGCAUUAAACUAGGUAUUUUGAUUUGGACGACAAUUAGGCCUUGUCUAAUAAAUAUGUUGUCUAAUAAUUUCAACCGAUGUUCCCUGAUAGGGUAAAAUGUUUUAAAAUGGGAUGUCUAAACCUAAAAUGUUGAAUAGACCAUGGGUUUGCAUUUUACUGAAUUAUUUGCUCAAGCAUUUCACAUAAUUAUUUGCUUAAUUGUUAAAUACACUAUAAUCACCGCCAGAACACCUGGAUGGUUUUGAUGUUGUAUUCCUGAAGUUAAAAACAACACAUUGCACACUGGUGAAUUCGUAACGUGUCCUAAAACGUGAGGUUUUCAUUUUCUUCGUUUAAUAGACGCAUAUUGUAUGUCUGCAUUUUUUGCGUAAUUGACCAUUUGGCAUGUAUAUCCGUAUAGGCCUUUUAUAACUUUAGAAAUAUUUUGGAGAGCAAAUUCUAUUUUAGGCUAUUGUCCAUUUAGACAUGUAUUGAAGUAGCCUACACCUAUAUAUCGUAAAAACGAAUUAAUUCCUUAUAUUGUCAUCUUUCUCCCUGUUCUUUCAGUCGAGCUUAUACGUUAGAUUUCUCAAAUGUUUAUUUGAAUUAUCUUCGUAUUAGUGUUGACCUGAAGCAUUGUUUUGGCCUACAACCUUGAAGGUUAAGUUUCAGAUGUAGGGAUAUGCUGUUGUUGGAUGUCCUUGGAUGUGCGCUUACGCUCUCAUUGUUGAAAAAAAAAACUAUGCCAUCCCUACAUGUGCAUGUUUUUGGGUUAAAUAACAGGUAUGUAGGCUAUUAUAGGUUCAUUUAUAAAAAUCGAUGCUUAAAUUGAAAGAAACAUCAUGUAACAAAUAUACAUAGGCUACAUAUAAAUAUAUAGCAUAUUAGAUAUAGGCUAUAGUCUGAUAUUUUCCUCCCAUCGUUAUUUUGUUUAGUAAUCUACGUGCACAAACUUGGCUCAUUUAGGUAGGCCUAUUCAGCGUUUAAUUAAUUACAUGCUCUUAAUAAAAUUAGUAGUCUUUUUCAGCAAAUCAUCUGUUUUUGUAUGCUUGUUGGUUUGUCAAUUCAUUAUUAUUUCUCUGGGUAAAAAAUCCACAUAGUCUACCUAUUUGAAAACGUAGACCUGUUAAACCGAUGUGAGAUGCUGAAUUGAGAAUAGGCGUGUGUUUAGCGCUGUAGUUUAUUAUUAUUAAAUGCCUUAGUUUCCCAGUCCGUCAUAUAGGUCACAAAUGCCUUAGUUUCCCAGUCCGUCAUAUAGGUCACAAAGAAACUAACUGCGUCAUACCCUGAGCAGGCAUUCAAAGGUUAUUAAAAUUGUUUUGAAAAAUUAGAACCGGUUAAUCGAUAUCACCUAUGUGUAGGCUUUCCUUGUAUUUUUAUUUUUAGAGAAUAAUAUCCUACUUAAGCCAGACGCUGUUUAAUUAAGAAUCCAAUUACAAAAAAAAGAUAUAGGCCUAUAAUAGCCAUAUUUGGUUUUAAUUUAGGUUGUAAUUGUUUAAUUACCUCCUGUAAAUGUAUUAUUCUUUUCAGUUAGGCUUAGAUUUCGAUCACUACACCGUGAUUAUUUUAGUUAAUGUCAAAGCAUUGGCUUUAGUGGUUCUAUAGCCUAUAAAAGUGAGUAGAUUACCUAUCAGUCGUGAACUUAAAUUGUGUGAAGGGUUUUUAAAGGUGUCAAGGUAAGGGCAUUGGAGCUUGAUGCAACUGUAAAUUAUUUUCAGGUUAAGACCAUGCACAUCAGCUUUGAUUUUGUUUCAUGCCAAGCAAAGACAACAGGCUAAAUGUUCAAGAUGUCCUUUGUCAGUCUUGGAAUCAAUUUCAAGUCCGUGUUCUAGGUGUCGCUGUUGACCACGUCUGCCUCCCAGUCAUGAGUCAAUUCGUCCAUGUGAUGGGAAAAGAAGCUGCGUCUCAAGGCCAUUUUCAAAUUUCAUUGGUGAGCUUGUCAUGUGGUAGAGAGGCAUCCUGAGCAACACGGAGAUUUUUGUGCUAGAUAUGUCAGCCUACAAAGGACAUCUCUCUCCUUUUUAAAACUUCUCCAAAAUGUCCUUUCCCAACAGCUCUCCUGCUGCGAAUACUUUUUUAGUUGAUUCGUUGAUUGGCGCUUGCAGAACAGACAGCUUUUACUCCAGCAGCAACAUGUACAUGCCGUCCGGUGCAGAAAUGGGAACUUAUGGAAUGCAAACCUGUGGACUCCUGCCGUCUCUCGGUAAACGAGGGGACGUCAACCACCAAAAUAUGGGCAUGAAUGUCCACUCUUACAUACCUCAAAUUGAUAACUGGACAGAUCCGAAUAGAUCUUGCAGAAUAGAGCAACCAUCCAACCAGAUGCCCAAUUGCACAUUUUCACAAAACAUUAAGGAGGAGAGUAAUUACUGCAUGUAUUCAGACAAGAUAGCAAAGAUCAACUCGUCCGAUGUCCCAGUAUAUUCUAAUAUAAUCCCCGAAUCUUGUUCAGUUGAUGGCCCCGAGAUCCCUGUUCCGGGCUAUUUCAGACUAAGCCAAACUUACGCGAGUGGGAAACACCAGGACUAUGGCCACGAGAUAACGAGUCCAAACACCACAUUGAUGCAGCUCAACAGAGUUACUCCCAAACCGCAGUUGUCUUCCUUUGUCGAAGUGGAAAAGAAAACGGCUGAUAUACCGCAUAACCAGGAGAUCAGCAGGACUCCCAUCCCCGCGGAAAGCCCGGAUCCAAAGUCGAGCGCGCAGGAGGAGAAUAAUUGCUCCACUGAAGCUUCAGUCUCCAGCCCAGAGUUGCCACAGAAGGAAGCGAAAGGUAGGUACAAUAAAAGGAUGAAUCGUGUCAUGGUGUAAUAUGAACGGUCCAGCAUCAUAAAAGCCAAUAUAAAACACAAACAGCCCUAAAGUCGUAAUGUUUAAUGAGAGCCUUACUCAGGUUGCAGUAAAACGCUACAGGAAACUGUUCGACCCGCACAUGUUCGCAUUGAGGUCUGUUCUCUUCUAUAUUUAGGCUUUCUUAAUUAAUGUUUUUCUUUGUUGAUUGUAGCCUAACGGAACAUUCCGUUUUAUCUUUGGGAAAAUGUUAUUUAUUGAUUUAUUUAAGUGUAAUCCAUAUUAUCAACAUCUAGUAGACAUAAGGCUGGUAGUCUGUUAUGGAUCUUCAUCCUCAGUGUUGUGAUUAUCAAUUUCCUCCGAAAUUAUAAUACAGAAAUACUCUAGGCUCAAACAAAUGCGUAUUUUAGUUGAUUUCAUCAGUAUGCCUAAUAUGCAUGUCAAAUAUUACUUUGGUCUAAAAGCUUAGUCUUGUAAUUUAGAGCAGGUGUUGUUAGUUAUAGCCUACAGCCUGCAAUAUUCCAACACUUGAUCCAAACGAGAGUAGCAGAUUACGACUACCAACCAAUAAUACUCAUAUAGGCUAAAACUAUAUCAAUAUAAUUGAAGCAUUCUAUCAUUCUGACCAGAGCUGGGUGACUAGUGAAAACAUAUUUGUGAUAGUUUCAUAUUUUGCCAUGUUAAAACAUUUGUUGGUUUGAUUCCAUUUCAGACAGCAAAACUGACCUUCCAACGAGCAAUUGGUUGACUGCAAAAAGUGGAAGGAAGAAAAGAUGCCCCUACACAAAGCACCAGACGCUGGAAUUGGAAAAGGAGUUUUUAUUCAACAUGUACCUGACUCGAGAGCGCCGUCUAGAGAUCAGUAAAGGCGUCAACCUCACCGACAGGCAAGUCAAGAUCUGGUUCCAAAACCGCAGGAUGAAGCUCAAGAAAAUGAGCAGGGAAAACCGAAUUCGGGAACUUACCUCAAAUCUCACCUUUUCGUGAGCAUGCUUACAAAUGCUUGUUUUAUUGUCCCUUUCCUCUCUCUUCAAAGUAGUGCUGUGGCAGCAUUGGACUUGUUUUUUUGUUUUUUUUUUUCAAUGAAACUGUGACUGUAAUUGCUAUUUUUGUCUUAUUUACAUGUUCUUAUUUACAUGGUGACGCAUUGUGUAUUUUGAAUGUUUCAUCACAGGGUACAGUAGGCUAGGUCUUAAAUUAUUAAAAUAUAGAAGGUAUUCAUUAUUGGACUGUUUGGUUUGAUUGAGUCUAAGGAAGAUGUCACAGUGACUUGUUUGUAAUAUCAUUUUUUUCGGACAUGAAAGCACAUUUAUUUAUAGUGGUUGAAUAGAUAAACAUUCGUUCAGAGUUAAGCGCAAACCCUUUGCUGAAUCGUAAGUAAUCUUAUAAACGUUUCUGUAUUAUAAAUGUGGUGAGCAAUGUUAAUGAGUGUAAAUCUUAUGCAUGUUUGUGGCAUGUAUCAUGCAAUAAAUUGAUUGUCAAACGUAAUUUCUUAUUUCAGUGUUUUGUUUUGUAGUAGGCCAAGGCAGAUGUGUAAAAAAUAAAUUAAAGAAACUAGAGCACUAUUUCUGGAAUGUGUAGGCUAUAGGACCUAACGUCCUUUCAGUUACGUUAAAAUUAAUAGGAACUGGUCCGUAGCUUCAAAUUGUUAUCGUGCUUGAAUCAAAGUAAAAGAAAAACAAGUCUAAUAACGAUAUUAGUAUUUUUAUCUUUAGACGUAUGUGCAGGGUCGCAAUAUGAAUUUCAGAAGCAUCUCAAUUUUAGCAUUAGGCUGCACUCAACAUAAUUCGCCCGGCUAUUUUCAAAUUAGUUUAUAGUUCUAAAGUUAUUAUCUAUUGAAUCAUUUUAAAAUUAUUGUAUUUAUCAUGAAUUAAUGAUUAGGACUAUUGUCAAUUAGCUUUCAGCAACUUGACUGUAAUGAAAAAUAAAUGUUAGCCUAUAAAGUUAAGUUAUUUUAGCUUUUUAUUGUGAAUAAGGUAUCCAAUUGGCGUUCGUGGACUGUAAAACGUAUUCAAAUACACAAAAUACACACUUGUACUUCUAUUCAAAAACACAAAAAUAAGACUCAUAUCCAAUCAUGCCCUAUAUAGCUAUGUAGCUAACAUGUUAUGAUAUUUACACGGAUCUGGGAAGGUUCCUAAUCAACCUACAAAAACAGCCAUUGGCGUCCGGAUAUAGGCUACUAUAAAGGAGCUACACUCUUAGAAAACGGGUUAAUUAGGGUUCCAAAAAAGGUUCUAUAUAGAACAAUUUAUUCUAAGCGUGUAGAGGGAUAGGCCUAUAACAAUAGCCUAUUUAAAUUGCCUUUAUUGAUCAAAACAGUUAUGCCUCCAUACCACCUAAAUAUAAGGCUCUGAUCAUAUAUAUAGCCUACAAUAAUGUUUACUUCUGGUUAAAACAAUAAUAAUUUAAAUAAAAUACUGGCGCAACAUUCUGUCAUGAUUCAAAGUGUUGCUUAUGUUGAUGUAGUUAAACGUCAUGAGAUGAUUUGUUUUGUUUUGUAGGCUCAUAAUAGCAUGCUGGUUUGCCCCGUAGUAGACUUGUCUUCAGCCACAGUGUACAGUCCAACCCAAGUUUAUAGCUCUUUAUCUGUGUAGACUAUUUGAACUCGGCACUCCUAUUUUCCGCUUUCCUCUGCCUCUCUUUUACGCACGCAUCACCCGCUGAUGUCCAGACGAAUGAAGGCUGAAACACACACACACAACACCACCACCAACAACAACAACAACAACGAUUGUAUGAUUUUAUUUAUCAAUGGCCUUGGCCGCAUCAUUCGUUUGGUAACACUUUAAUUAAAGCAUCCAGGUAUAGACUAGUGCUCUAUAACUUGUUAUAAACAUAUACGAACCCUUAUAAUGUCUUAUAACAAGACCUAUACUAUGCUAUGUCUCUCGAGCUAACGCUGACGAAGCGGGUCCCUAUAGCGUGUAUGGACCUAAUGAUGUUCAAGCACAAAUUCAUUGGCAGCUCACCGCCGUGUUGUGCUGUUCCUUCUUUCUCCUUGUUUUUGCUCCAUCCUGACCAUGUAUUUAAAAUAAAUCGGUUUAUGGAUUUUAUUUACAUUUCUAGGCCUAUUCAUUGCUGACUUGUGUCUUGAUGUGAGUUUGCAAAAGUAGGCUACUUCCAAUGCUCUUGUAGUGAGUGGUCAACUAAUAGCCUAAUCAAGAAGUCAUGUGUUCUCAAAAGUAAGAAAACCUAAAAAGGCCCUCUUAAAUCUAGAUUUUUUUGACAUCACUUCACAGAUCCACUUUGUUGCGCCAUGAGUCCGUUUUAUUAAGGGCACAUUAAUGUAUAAUCAAACGCACCUCAUAAAGAUUUUAUUGAUCAUAAAAACAUUAGGCCUAUGCCUCUCCUCUAGAUAAAUACAAUUAGUAUACAAAUAAUACUUCCUGAUUCAAACUUACAAGACCAACCAAACUAGUGAAAGUGACUCCUCAUUGAAUAAAAACGAACAAUUCCAAAACAGAGUCGGUGCGGAAAUGGUGUCUCGUUAUUUUACAGCAUGUUAUUACAUUUAUUUUACGAGGACUUACAACUCAGAAGUCUAUAAAAUGUUUUACAAGCAUUGAGUGUAUGACAUACCUUAUGACGAUAUCUUGUAAGAGUUUACAUGCAUAAUAUGCUAUGGCAUCAAUGUUGAGUGGUGGUUGUGAAAUAAAUGUGUGUAUUAAUCUGUUGACGUAAAAAAAAAAUAGUCCGGCACCACCCUCAACCGUAUGCACAUUCAAAAUGCCCAGAAACACAGAAUUUCUUAAAGUUUUGCAUUUGUUCUCCUUAAACAUUCGGUUUUAUUAGCACUCUUGAAUAAAUAGCCAAAUUAAAUUUAGGCCUACCGUUACCAGCGGACUGAUUUACUCACUGUAUUGGUAAAUAUGAUCACGUGAUUCAUGUAACCAAUCCCUGAAGAUGAAGCCAGCAAAAAUACUAUGAUUGUUCAGAGGGAAGGUUUCCGUAACAGUGUAACCUUUUAUAUGACUACGAAGGGAUCCAAAUAUGUCGACCAGUAGCACUCUAAGUAACUAUUAUGUGGACUCUAUAAUGGGGCAUGAAGUGGAGGAUGUGUACGGGGCGCGCUUUGUCCAGGGUCCGCACACUACGACCUCAAGGCCAUCAGGUGUUGGGGACAAUGCAGAUUUUUCCUCCUGCAGUUUUGCACCCAAGUCAGCCGUUUUCCCAGGGUCUUGGUCCUCGGUUCACCCGCAGUCCACUGCCGCAGUGUCAGGGAUUUACCAUCCUUACGUCCACCAGUCCCAUCUCUCCGCAGCAGACAGCAGAUAUGUUCGGUCCUGGAUAGACCCCAUUUCUAACGUUUCUUUCUCCAGCUUUCACUCUAACAGUCGGCAUUAUGGAACAAAUGGAACCAAGCCCGAAAGUUUACCACUGAAAAGGACUGAGAGUGCCACUUUUGAGACAGAGACUCCGGUGGUCGCCCCUGGCCCUGAUUACGCAUGUGGAGUAUCCGAAUGCCCGGGAAAAGUAACCAAAGAGAGCGUUGGCAGUGAUAUGUCGAGUCACAGCGAGCCUAAAGAAGAGAAACAACAACAACAACUUGACCCAAGUAAGUAAACGGAAUUGCCCCCUGAUUUACAACCUUAAGAACUGUAGGAGCUGGGUGUGUAAAACUGGAGGUUUUACUAACCCAUAAAAGUGUCUAGCUCAUAACCACGGGCCGAAAAAAACUACCCACGGCUGUAAAGUGGGUAUUUAACACAAAAGUGAGAUAAUAAUUCCAUCCACAAAUUCAGUAUUUUGUACAAGUAUACAGUAAUUAAUUAAAUUCCGAUGCUUGUAUUUUCCAUGUUCCUAGUUUCUGUUUAUUUCGUUUUCCUGCUAAUUCUCAUGUGAGUUUCAACUUUGUCCUCUCUCUUCUCCAGACAACCCUGCAGCAAACUGGAUUCAUGCACGUUCAACAAGGAAGAAGCGAUGUCCAUACACAAAAUAUCAGACACUAGAACUGGAAAAAGAAUUCCUCUUCAACAUGUAUUUGACACGAGAUCGACGAUACGAAGUUGCUCGAAUUCUCAAUUUAACUGAAAGGCAGGUCAAAAUCUGGUUCCAGAACAGAAGAAUGAAAAUGAAAAAAAUGAACAGAGAGAGGGGCAGUAAGGAUCACUUAUAA